AUAUAAUCAAGAGGAGAGGGAAACAAAACAACGUCACUGUUUCUCUCUCUCUCUAAAAACUAAACAGAAGAAGCAGAAGAGUUUUGUGUUUAUAUUCUGUACGCUGUAAAGAUAAUCUCCAUUGCGGAGAAAACCAUGGCAGCAGAAACGACAUCAUCGUCGAGAUCUGGUAGUAAUAGUAGUAGUGGUGGUGGUGGUGCUGAUUCAUACAUCGGCAGUUUAAUUAGUUUAACAUCUAAGUUUGAAAUCCGGUACGAAGGUGUUCUAUAUAACAUCAAUACGGAAGAAUCUAGCAUAGGAUUAAGAAAUGUAAAAUCAUUUGGAACAGAAGGACGCAAGAAAGAUGGUCCCCAAAUCCCUCCGAAUGACAAAGUUUAUGAGUACAUAUUGUUCCGCGGGAGUGACAUUAAGGAUUUGCAGGUUAAAUCUUCACCACCUGUUCAGACAACGGCACCUAUUCACAAUGAUCCGGCUAUUAUUCAGUCACAUUACACUCGACCACCGCCUGUGUCUCCCAGCUUUCCUCCUGCUAGUAGUGGAUCUAUCCCAGAUCUUACUCCCCAUCCUUCACAAAUGGGACAGCCUAGGCCAACAUUCCAGGGUGGACUUCCUUUAUACCAACCUGGUGGAAAUUUAGGUUCAUGGGGAUCUGCACCUCCUCCUCCAACCGGAAAUGGCAGUGGGCUUGCUAUGCCCAUGUAUUGGCAAGGAUUCUAUGGACCCGCUAGUGGGCUCCCUCCUAUGCAACAACCAUCUUUGUUCAGACCACCACCUGGCUUGUCAUUGCCUCAUUCGAUGCAACAUUCUGGCAUUAAUCCAUCUUUACCAAAUGUUCCUUCAAAUUUAGUGCCUUCAAACUUACCUCCUUCACGCUUACCUUCUUCAAGCAAUCCGGUAUCAAAUGUUCCAGAAAUGCCAUUGUCUUUGGUAGCACCUGUUAGUAGUAGUUCACUGAGUUUAACUUCCAGUUCUAUGACACCUACUUACCCCUCAAAUUUGGUUAAUGCCCAUUCCGCCGCAUCAGCAUCUGACACGCUUCCUGUUCUGAUGCCAAACAGGGCUCCUACUACUGCUGUUCAUACAGCAGCUCUGAGUAGUAGCUUGUCGUUGGUGUCUGCUUUGACUACUUCCACUUUGGAUGCAAAUGCAACUGUUUCUCCAAUCUCUAGCAAACCUGCUGUUGCUAGUGGUCCAUCGAUGGGACAUCAAACUCUUCCUCAGUCUAUGUCCUCCAUUGUUGGGACACCAAGUUCAAGCCACAAAGAACCAUCUGUGCCGUCUUUGGUAACACCGGGGCAGCUGUUGCAGCCUAGUUCUGCUGCUGCACUUUCUUCAUCUCAUUCUUCACCUCCAACCCGCAAGGAUGUAAAGGAGGUUCAAGCACCUUUGCUGUCAGAACGCUCGGCAACACCUCCAAAAGAACUUCAGGCACCAUUGUUGCCAUUACCUUCAUCUUCUGGUCAAAAGCCAAACGGAUCUGCUACACAAACGCGCAACAAUUACCAUUAUAGGGGGCGUGAAAGAGGAAGAGGAAACGGAUUUUCACGUCCUGUUACAAAAUUCACUGAGGAUUUUGAUUUCAUGGCAAUGAAUGAGAAGUUCAAGAAAGACGAAGUAUGGGGUCACCUUGGUAAAAGCAGCAAAGCUCAGUCAGGGGACGACGAGGACAAUGAUGGAGAUUACCUGAACAAUGAAGAAGAUGAUGGAUCUGCGAAGGUUGAGGCUACGCCUGUUUAUGUGAAGGACGACUUUUUUGAUUCCCUCUCGUGCAAUGGGUUUGACCGUGGAUCUCGUGGUGGGAGGGCCAAGUUCUCCGAGCAAAGAAAAUUAGAUACCGAGACUUUUGGUGAUUUUUCACGGUAUCGCGGUGGUCGAGGCCGUGGACCAGGUCGUGGGGGACGCUCUAGAGGCCCUCAUUAUGGGAGGGGGUAUGGUUAUGUUGGCAGGGGUCGUGGACAGGGACAGGGGCAGGGGCAGGGGCAGUCCAUGCCGAAUCGAGGAAACUAGUCUUAAGUAGGAUCUUCCCCAAUUCCCUGCUAAACUACGCAAGGCCAAUAUUGCUCGAGGUCCUACAACUAGCAUGAUUAUAUUACUUAUAUAUGUGUGCAUGUGCCUUGUGCGUUUUACGGAAAUAAUGUUUUAACUUUUAAAUUAUAUGUAAUUCUACCUAAAAUAUAACCAGUGCAAAGUGCAAACUGGUGUUUAAGUUCUUUUUUUCUUUUUUUUGAUACGAAAAGAAAUUUCAUUAAGAUCAAGCCACUCCUCCUUCCAUGUCUGUCAGAAGUUGAGAAUGAAUACAAUUAGGUGGAUUAUCUUAUCAUUUUCUUUUGGAACAUAUAUUUUGUUGAAAAACAGAAUUAACAUCCCUAAUAAAAUGAUGAAUCUGCUGGUUACUGUUGAGCUAGCC